AUGCAAGGCUUUUCUUGCCUUGUUGUUGUCGUUUGUUUAUUAUCGAUUGGUUUGUGUGUUGACACUCAGCUACAUCGAAUAAAACUACAACAUUUUCAAUCGGUACAUGAUCAACUUCUGGAAGUUGAUUCACACAAGUUAGUUGCAUUUGAACGUAAAUAUGGUCUUGGCGGACCAAUUCCUGAAGGAUUAACAAACUAUUUGGAUGCUCAAUAUUAUGGAGAUAUUGGUAUUGGUACACCAUCACAACCUUUUCGUGUUGUUUUCGAUACUGGUUCAUCUAAUCUUUGGGUGCCAAGCGUUCAUUGUUCACUUCUUGAUAUUGCUUGCCAACUACAUAAAAAAUAUAAUGGUGCAAAAUCAUCAACGUAUGUGGCUAAUGGCACAGAUUUUAAAAUUCAAUAUGGUACUGGCUCACUCCAAGGUUAUGUUAGUGUAGAUACAGUAACAAUUGGUGAUGCAAAAAUUCAAAGCCAAGGAUUUGCUGAAGCUAUCAAACAACCGGGUAUUGCUUUUGUUACAGCUAAAUUUGAUGGAAUUCUCGGUCUUGCAUAUCCGUCGAUUUCGGUUGAUGGUAUUUAUCCAGUAUUUAAUAAUAUGUGGGAUCAAAAAUUAGUACCGGCCAAUGUAUUUAGUUUUUGGCUUGAUCGUGAUCCAAAUAAUCCACGUGGUGGUGAAAUUAUUUUCGGUGGCUCAGAUCCGGACUUGUAUGAAGGUGAUUUUGUUUAUGCUGAUGUAACUCGUCAAGAUUAUUGGCAAUUUAAACUCGACGGAAUCUCACUUGAUUCGAAUCAAUAUUGUCAAGGCGGCUGUCAAGCUAUUGCUGAUACUGGUACAAGUCUUUUAGUUGGCCCAAAAGCUGAAGUUGCUAGUCUGAAUUCAAAAUUAGGUGCUAUUCCUAUUCCGGGUGGUGAAUAUAUGAUUGAUUGUAAAUUAGUUCCAAGUUUACCACGUGUACACUUUACAAUUGCUGGACAUGAUUUUUAUUUGGAUGGUCCAGAAUAUGUUUUAACUGUUAGUCAAUUUAAUAAAACAUUAUGUUUAUCUGGUUUUAUUGGAAUGGAUAUUCCACCACCGGCUGGCCCUCUUUGGAUACUUGGUGAUGUUUUUAUUGGACCAUGGUAUACAGAAUUUGAUUUUAGUAAUAAUCGUAUUGGUUUUGCUAAAUCAGCUUCACCAAAAAAUGCAACUAUGAAACGUGACAAGAAAAAUUUAUCGGUUCUUGACAUUUAG